AACUUCAUGAUUUAACGAAUCAUCAAAAGGGGAUUCCAAAUGAUGUCACUUCCGAGCGAAGUGCGCGGGAACCGAAGAUCUGAAAGACAGACGUUCCACACGAGGCUCAGAGAUGCGGACAACGGCCGUAUUUCUGUUGUGGUCACUUCUCUUACUGACUAUUAGUGCUCAAGAAGUUAGAAUACCAGCCUAUGUAAACAGAGGCCAGAAUAAACCAGUUAUACGAAUAAUUCCGGCAAACAGUGCUGUAAUCCGUGUUCGAAAGCCUGGCCAGAGUAAACCGGAAGCAGUUUCGUUAAGAGAUUCAUCUGUCACCCGAAUACAGCCCGUACUCGUGUUACCCAAUGUAUCUCCUCGCGUCAGUCUGGAGAGGAUAUUAUCAGAGAUGGGACUUCGCAGAAUGGCAUCGCUUAUACACAUGGCUAAUCUGCAAACAUAUCUCCAAACAGCAGGACCUGUUACGCUGUUUGCUCCAACAGAUGAAGCUUUUUCUUUGUCUUCACCCCCAAAAGACUUGAAUCGACUCCGAGAUUUCAUACUCCAGCACGUGGUUCGCGGUCGGAUCGCAAUAGAAGAUGUUCGCAAUGACGUCACCAUUCCCAGUCUACGGUCUGGAUCGCAUCCCCUACGGUUUAAUGUAUAUGACGAUGGUCAAAUCCUAAGCGUAUCAGGUUCUCAAUUUCUGGAUGAUGCUCGGGAUGCGGGUGACAUUCGAAUCCAGCCAGUGGACAGUGUACUUUAUCCUAUUUCCAAUGAUGAUCUGACAACUGAAGUCAAGUUAUCUUUUCCACGUAUGCACCAAUAUCUGUUGAAGGCAUCUCUGACAGAACAGCUUAAUAGUGGGACUUUCACGCUGUUUGCUCCAACAGACGACGCUUUCGAUUCUUUGACACCCGAACUAAGAGGGAAGUUAAUGCAAAACUCCACACUCCUCAGAAAAGUUCUUCUCAAUCAUGUGGUUCCAGGUACACACUACAGUGCUGUACUAGCUCACGGAUUUGCUUUGAGAUCUCUUGGUGGAGAGCCCAUCUAUUUUACUAAUCGAAGAGGUCUUAUUUUGGCAAAUGGCGCACCUUUAGUGAAAUCGGACAUUUCAGUUACGAACGGUGUCAUACAUGCUUUAAAUAGAUUGCUGUUGCCUCCUGAACUCCAUCCUCGAAGACGACCUGCAACCCUUGCUCCACCCCGACGAACAACACCAGCACCAAGACCGCCGGAUGACGAUUACUUACCUGUUCCCACUUAUAUGGAACCUCCUCCUCCCGUUCCACGUUCUCUAACGAAGACUAUGUCCACCCCUCUUCAGUUGCCAGAUGGACGUCAAGCUACUUUCUCCACUGGAAACUCUCUUUUCAGAAGAUCUCUUCUCCUGAAUACCCUUAGAAACAAUGGUUCUGAUAUGGUUUAUACAAUACUUAUGCCAACGGAUGCUGCAUUUGGAGAGAUAGGACAGGAGAAGUUGGAUAAGAUACGUCGCAAUUCAAGGCUCCUGCGCAGAAUGCUGUUGUGCCAGAUGGUACAAGGACGUCUCAAUCUGACGGAAGAUACGAAAGAUAGACCGAUCAGGUCUCUCGGAGGAACGAUUAUCAUCAGUUCUCUUGACGAUGGAAAGUCACUGAUGGCUGGUGGAGCUCGCGUUCUUUCAGUUCGAGAAGCCGCUGAUGGUCUAGUGUUAGUUACAGAUCGAGUAAUCAUACCAUCACCUAAUCGAAAUGUCGUUGAAGGCCUUAAACCUUUCCCGACUCUGAAGAGGAUUUUGGAACAACAACCGGAUAUACCGCAGAGGCUUAGCUCAGAAAAUGCUGCGUUUACCGUAUUUGCUCCAAGCGAUGCCGCUCUAGCUUCUAUACCUCCAGAACAGCUUCGAGACCCUAAUUUUGUUUCUGAACUCUUCUGGUCCCAUGUUGUUCGUGGUACAUACUACAGAAGAAGGCUGAGUCCUGGACUGCAUCUAACAACACUCAGGGGAAAGACCAUCAUUGUUACCCGCCCACAAUCUGGGAGUAUAUUCGUAAACGGUAGACCAUUAGGAGGUAAGGAAAUUUUGGCUGGAAAUGGAGUCAUACAUCCCGUGGACAACUUGCUGUUUGAUUUCCCUCCACCUUCUCCACCAACAGUUACAGCUACACAGCCUGGCUCUAUGGACAGAAAUUUAAAUGCUAUGGCACAAGAAUUCAAUGCUACUGAUUUUCUGAACUGGAUGUUGAAAGCCGGAAUGCAAGAUAUUUUGCAGAAACAAGUUUCGAAAACUGGAAGUUGCACCCUGUUUCUGCCUACAAAUAGAGCUUUAAAAAAUAUGUCGCCAACUUUGCGCUCCGCAACCUUGGGAGAUGCCGAACGACUGAGGAAAUUCAUCCGUUUCCAUAUAAGUCCUCGACCCCUGAGGUGGGAAUCAGUACACGAUAAUUCUCUCCUUCCCUCCUUACUGCCAGGGAAGAACAUUCGCUGUAAUAUUUACGCCUCUAGUAGAUCGCCUGGUGUUUUGACUGUUUCUGGAUGUCGAGUGACUGCCAUGCGUCCUCUCUCUCGGGACAGCAAUGUAACGGUUGCAGUGAUCGAUGAACCUAUGGCUCCACCACUAGGAAGUUUAGAGCUGGUUGCUUCUAAAUCGCCUUUUCUUUCUAACUUCUCGAAAAUUCUUAAGCUUGCGAAACUAGAUGAAAUGCUGUCAGAUGGUGGACCAUACACGUUGUUUGUGUCAAAUUCCUGUGUUUUUGCCAAGAUGGAUCCGGAUCAAUACCGCCGGCUCAUUUCUAAUCGAAAACUUGCUAGAGAAUUUGUGAAACGGUAUGUGGUGAGAGGUUGCCUUUACAGCAAUGGACUGCAAGAUGGCCAGGUAUUGGAGACGCUAGCUGAAACAACGCUUAAAGUACAAGUAAAUCCAGAUUGCAUUCUUAUAUCGGGUGUGAAACUCCUAUACGGAGACAUGAGUGCCACAAAUGGAGUUCUGCAUGUUGUCGCUGAACUUUUACCUCCAUGAACUGCUAGUUUGCACAGUUUCCAUUGAUGGUUUUCUGGUUCGAAGAUAUGGAUCAGCUUAUUCGCACAUUUCGUUAAGACCAUUUAAUUUAAAUAAAACAUCAACAUUUCUUU